GCGCCGCCUGAGUGACGCGUACGGCCCGCUUUCUUAACGUUCGUGGUACACAUAUCAAAUUUCACGUGAAAAUUUGAUAUUGUCGUCAAUAUUGUGCAGUGUAUUGAAAAGUUCGCUCGUUCACCGGUAAAUUUGUUAUAUUCAUUGUGCUAAGUUAUGUUUUUGGUUGCGCUACUGUGUUUUUGUUAAGCAGUGAUUAUCGUCUAUUUUUUUGGUUUUGUUGCAGACAAAAAUGUAGAUAGAUCAAUAGCACCUAUUUACUAAAACGAUGUCAAUUGAUCAGGCAUCGCCUCUGGUGCCGAUCAAGCCGCAGGUGGCUCUCCAGAACAGUGCGUUCAUAAAGAACAGCCACAACCGGAGUAGUUUCUGCGGUGUAUCUCAAUCUCCGAACGGGAAUACCUUUAAAACUUUUGCCGUGAAUCGGAAGAGUUGGUGUGGGAACGGAACGUUGCCUCUCCAGCAGUUCACGACUGAAAUAGAGGCUCCACAGCUGGCGACUUUCCGAUCCGGAACCGGGACGUUCCCGAGAAACAGGGAGCGGAACAAUAACAGUGCCUCGAACGGAAUAUUAACGCCAAACGGGAAUUCUGUGCAGACGUUCAAGGGAAAUGAACUGAGAAGGAGCGGAUGCGCUAACGGUCGACGGUACGCUGAGAUUGGGAACUGGAGUAAAAGAAAUGCGACAUUCUUGGAGCCACACCUACAAGGUGUGAGACGUCGGGACAGUCGUAGCUCUGACUCUGACCAUGAUGAGCGAUCUACUGAGGAUGACGAGCGAUCCCUCAUCAGGAGCUCUCCUCGGACGAGGCUGCCACCCCCGCCACCACCUCCUCCAGACGACGAACCCCCUCCAUUGAAACCUAGGGAGUUCUUUGAAAGGUUGCAGAGCCAAGCGAUGCGGGAAGCGCAGGACAGGAAGAGAAGAGAUGUGCCACUAAAAGAGCACCUGUUCAGGCCUGUGGACAAUGAUGGUGGCAGCCUGGGUGAUAGCCUUAGUCAGAGUCGAGAAAGCCUCUCGUCAGACGGCGAAGGAGCCCGGGGUGACUGCUCAUCUGUGGACUCCUCAGGGUCAGGGUUCGAGGAGCAGCCUCCGUGCGACAUCGGGAUCUUGGAGAGGCUGAUCAGAACUCAUCCCGUUUGGUUCCUGCCUGGAAUACAGAGGGCUGGAGCCUUCCAUCUUUUACAGGGAAAGGAAGAAGGGAACUUCGUGGUCCGACAAUCCAGCCAGCCCGAUACGAUGGCGAUCAGUGUCCGUCUACCCGCCGACAAAGGGCCGUACAUAGAACACUAUCUGAUCCAGGCAUCCGACGGUCGGAUAGGACUCGAAACGUCCCACAACCGAUUCGAUAACAUACCGGAGUUGAUCGCGCAUUAUUCGCAGUGUUGCGACGAGUUACCAGUGCAGCUCCAACUACCACGCGCUCUUCGGGAGGCUAAAAGUCGUCAACAACUGAGUUCCCUGACCCUACUGGGCCAAGAGUUCUGGGGUUACCCCAUGGCGAACCCGAAGAACAACCCUAACAGUCUACUGUCACCGUGUCAAUUGGCGAAUGGUGUCGUUCCUAUGGCCGUCACCCCUUCGGAUACUGGAUCUAGUCUUAGUAGUUUUAAUGCCAGUACAGGACCGAAUACAAGAGAACGCGUGUUAAGCCCAGAUAAAGACAAAAAUGUUGUAUUGAAGAUGUCGCCAAUCGAAACGUCAGGAUCCCCACCUAGUCAACAAAACUUUAGCACGUUCAAAGGACGAACUCCGCCAUCCCCACCAGCCAAGCCCUGCGGCUCUUUUAUAAGAGCACCCAGACCUACCCCACCAAACACGUUAAACCUUAUGUCUAGCACCGCUCAUAUAACACAGCCCCAUACGUUCCCAACGACCACUCAACAUUCUCCCACCUCAAAUCACGUCAAAACCACACCACCCCCGCCUCCGCCCCGAUGGGCUAAACCACCUAUUACCAAACCUUCCUUAUCUCCAAAAUCCGAAGCUCAAGCUUUCAGUCAAAUUAACAAGGCUUCGCAGAAUGGAAAUAUAACCGUCACGACAACAGUUACUUUCUGUGUCAAUAACACACAAAUCCACAAUCAUCAAAUAAAUGAAAGCAUCCAAAGCGACCGGCUACAACUAACGCUUGCGUCUAAUGCCAUCAACAAUAACAGUAGCACAGACUCAGUGUUCAAUAUAAUGGACUCCGGCCAAAACUUUCCAGACCCUGAUGGAGAACAGAAUAUGAUGCAUCGUAUGUCACCUGAAGGAGAGUGCAUUAACGCGAUGACUGCUAGCUUGCACGGAAGUUUCAAAAGGCAAAUGGCUGAACAGGCGAAUACCAACGAACCAGAAUCCCCAGCAGAGCCACAAUCACAGACAAAUACAUCCGAAUCUAUAGAUCCUAUUGUGAACAGUUAUACGAAAUCCAGUAAUAGUUUCGCUCCAAAUCACUUGGUUUCACCCAAUGGGACCAAUUCCGUCACCAGUGGCAUAUUUUCACCAACGAGUCAAAUUAACUCGCCCGUGUCUAACGACACGAUAUCUUCAAAGAGCGGUGUCUUUUCUCCAAUAAGUCAAACUAAUAAAAGUGAGAUUUUCUCACCAUUGUCUCGAAGUUCCCCAGUGUCUAGUAAAAAUGUUUUUUCUCCUAUGUCUAAUCACUCUAUUGUGUCCCCAUUGAUGGGUAAAGAUCGAGAUAAAGUUAUGUCGCCAAAUUCGAAUACCACAAGUACCACACCCUCUGGUAGAUCGAGACGGAGUAGACACUCCCAUCGAAAGGAGUCCAGACAUUAUCAGGAAUCAGACAUUUUAGAAUCUCCAGGCGUGUAUUAUAGAAGUUCAUUGAUGGACAAAGUGUCAGAUUACGAAGAUAUUUGGGGACCAGAAAGCAACAAUUGCUCAACAUUUAAACCUUUGAAGUCUGAAAAUGAUAAUAAUAUAAGUAAUGGAUUUAUGAAAAGUAAAAGACCAGAUCUUUUACCCGAUACUUUGCCUAAAUUAAAUGCAGCUAAAAGUGCUCAAUCAAUAUUGGAAAAGGAAAACAUUCACAUACUUAAUUCAACGGAAAGUUUGAACGAUAAAAAGAACUUCUCGGAUAGCUCUUUGAAGAAGAGCUUCAAUGGAUCUAAUGAGAUUAUAGCUACGACAAAUAGCAAGGGGGACGUUGUACCAAAGAGGCCGGAUAAACUUAACAUUGUUAUCAAUAUGAAUAAGAAAUUAACGGAAGAGAUUGAAGCAGCGUUAAAGAAUAGGGAUAAUGAAAAUUGUAGUGCUGAGAGCAUGGAGACUGUUAAAUUGGAAGACGAUUGUGUUAAAGCUCCUAUUGAGGAUGAUUCAGAUAAAGAUAAUGCUGGCAGUCCGUUUUAUGCUGAUCCCGUAGAUGCAAUUAAUGAAGCCGCGUUGCCUCCAGUGCAAAGACGAAAGCUGAUCAGAGUGGGCGUGAACCUGGCUCAACGGUACUCGGAACCCCCGAAUCAAAACCAUCCAUAUUAUCCGCUGAGGGACAUGCACAGCAUUGAGGAACUUUCUCCUUCAUCGCCAAACACUUCAUCGUCGGUGGACAAUUUGGUGUCCAUCCGGAACAAGCCCAAGGUGAAACCGGUGCAGCCACCGAGGGUCACGACCAAGCCACCCACAGGCAAGAACGAACAAACUUGGACCGUUGACUCCAGUUGGAAGUUUAUAAAUAAAAACGAAGAGUGUGCAAAUAGUGAAAGUGGCGCUUUCCCAUCGCUAGCGGAACAAGAGAGCAGGCUGAGUGGAGUUGAAGACGGAGGUCAGCAUCUGACGGUCCAUCAAGUUGUGGCACAGAGAUUCCCAGAACUAAGACUGAAUUCGGAGCCAGUAGCGUUGCCAGAAGAAGUGCGAUCUCCGCCCAGAGCGUCGUGUUAUGACAACGUUCACGACCUGCGACCUUUAUCGGAACAGGCAAGUGAUGAUGGGACGGUGUUUUCCGAGCCGUGGGACAGUUCCCAGUGGGACGGCCUGAUACCGCCCACUGACAGACAACAAUCGUAUGAACAGGAGGAGCCAUGCGAGUGGGAGUCCCCGAUCCCCAGACGGGGCCCCGCUGCCGCGACCCGCGCCAAAAGCUUCAGAGACCGCUUGGACCCAUUAUUGGCAGCAGGAAGAGUACGCGCGUUGCGUGGCGGGCGCACGGGACGCGGCGCGGGCGCAGCGGUGCGAGCGUACGCUUUGCACCUGGCAAACGACAAAAGCACCACUUUUGCUCAGAACAUAGACAACUUUAUCGCAUGCACGUUGGACUCGAAAGAGACUUGUCCUCAGGUGACGAUGAGAAACAUGAGGCAGUUCAUGUCAGGCAUGAAGAACUACCUCGUGAAGCACGGCGAGCGGGAGUUUGAGAAAGAAGUGGAAAAAGAGAGGCUUAAGCUAAAACCAACGGAAUUCCUUAACCUGGACGCGAUAUUAGAAGGCGUGAUGCAUCGACUGGUAGUGCGUCCCUUGCGCACGCGCCUGUACUCCCAACUGGCGAGCUGGCACGCGGCGGACGUGCGCCGGUUACACGCCGCCAUCGAGAGAGCCCAACACUCGACGCCCUUGCAGUUUGGAGUCAAGGAAUCAACGAAAGUCCCGUCCACAGCGGUGUUGGCUGUGAUCUCAAAGCAUUUCCUGAAGAUGCAAGAAGCCGACUCUCCGCUGGACAAACUCGAGAAUCUCCUGGCGGCCAUAUCCGUCAUGUUUAAUGCUAUCCGAGGCGAACAAGCACUAGGAGCAGACGAUUUACUCCCUGUCUUGGCGUGGACAGUGGCCCGCUGUCGACUGGUCUGUGCGGAGUUAGAAGCGGAACUGAUGGCUGGUCUACUACCAGCGGCCAUGUUGGCAGGGGAGGGGGGAUACUACCUCACAGCGCUGUUCUCAGCGGUCGCUGUGUUGAAGAGACUCGCACCGGAACCGGGGCCGGAUAGUGCUACACCUUGCCGCCGCGGGUCGCUGGAGAGCCGGUCGGGCGGCGUGGCGGUGGUGCGCGUGGCGCUGCCGGACGAGUGCCGCGGCUCCAUCCGGCGCGUGGCGCUGCCGUGCCGGCCCGGCGCGCGCGCACGCGACCUGUGCCGCGCGCUCGCGCACGCCGCCGCCAUCACCAACCCGCAGGACUACGCGCUCUUCGCGCUGCAUGACGGACAAGAAACAAUGUUGAACGAGAACGAUUGCCCUCAAGAAGUAAUGUCAGAAAAGAGUGGUCAGAACUUCAUCCUUGCCUACAAGAGAAUAGAUGCUAAAAUCGCUUGGCCGCAGCAGGCAUUACUAUCCUACCCAUAGAAAUCGUAUCGGUCAAUGGUCAAAUAAAUAAACAACCUCUAAGAGAAUCCUUAAUGGCUAAAUAGGUACCUAUUGAAAUUGGACAGAAGUGAAAUUAUUUUUAAAAGAAUAUUCUUAACAUGAAUGAAUAUUCUUUUAAAAUUAUAUAAAUAAUUUCAAAGACCUAUUAUGACUGUAAGUGUAUAUUAAGAUGGCGGUGAAAAUCUCUCUGUAAAGACAAAACACGACAAAUCUAGAAGGUUUUUUUUCUUUUUGGUAUAACAUUUUACAACCUAGAAAUCAAAAAUUAUAUGAAUGAAAAGGUUGAUAAAACAUUACUAAGUCGAUUUUUUUAUGCAAAUACUCGAAAUAACUUGUUUGUAUUGUUGCCCUAAGCAGUCAUUGAUUAAGAAAAUCGAAAACUCUCAUUGAGCUGGUAAUUUUUAAAGUUGUACGUUUAAAAUUCGGAGCUUUCUGAUUAAUAUGGGGUCGUGUUUAGGGGUAUAAAUAUUUACACAGUAUUUAAAUAAAGCCCAUUAUGGUUGUAACAUAAUAUGCUCAUUACGACUAAGAAUCGGUGUUAGGGAGAAGUGGUAUUAACAUUUGUGAAAGUAUAUUUUUACCUUAACACAAUAGAGUGAUAUUUUCUAUGAUAUAACCCAACUGAUUCGUAUAUGCUAUCGUUUUCAUAAGCUUACUCUAUCCUAAGUACAUCGCUAUCAAGCAGUAUUUUCUUAAGCUAUUCAACUCGAGCCUAAUCUUUUAACGUAGCUUUUUUACUAAAUAGUGCGUAACUUUUUUGUAUAAUCCGACUGAAUUGAACGGGCGUCUCUGCCUUUUUGUACAUUUGUAUAACGUGUGCUUUCGUUAGAGUUUAUGAGUGAAUUUUGAUUAAGGUUUUUUUUUUGUUUUUAUAGUUUUAUCAGUUAUACACUUAAUCAACUAUCUUGAAAAGGUAGUUCAGCUUCAAGUGUAACUAUGUAUAUGUUCCUAAAAUUUCGAUAUGUACACAGAGCGAAAUCACCAAAUUGUUUUAGUUUGAAAACUGUCGUUUUUUCUGAGAAGUGUUUCAUUCUUAAAAUUAAAGUAACAUGAGUUCUAGACCUCUAAUUAAAUUAGCAAAAGAAUAAAAAAAAAUUGAGAAGUAUUUUCCGCGAGCGAUAUCACCCUUCUCUUUUUUUUAAUAUUUUCUCAAAAUCUUUUAAUUGAAAUUUAUCAUUAUCGAGAAUUGGUUGUUUUAAAAAUAGUUUGCCUUAUUUUAUAAUCUGUGAAGUAGAACAAAAUGUUACUUUAGUACUAAGAAAUGAAAAAUAAUAAUCAAAACAUGUGUAAAAUAUUAAUAUAAACAGUUUCUUAUAUCAAAAACUGAAUUUUACUUUUGAAGUAUUUGUAUUGUAAUUCUUUAAAAACUUGUUUAUGAACUGUGAUGUAAUUUGUAUUAGUAAAGUAAGGUUUUGUAUUGAUUUUGUAUAUUCAUAGAGGCGUUCUUAAUAUAAUUUAUUUAUAUAUAGUUUUAAGGGAAUAUUUAUCACUUUAUUUUUUUGUGGUGAAUCAAUUUAAAUUUUUUUUACUUAACAACUUUUGAAACAUUUUUUUUGUAUGUUUUACGAAAUCUUCACUUCUUAUUGUUAAUCAACAUGCCUUUUUAUUGUUAAACUGUAACUGAAUUAAUAAAAAUAAAAUAAAAUAUGUAACGAUAUUUUAUAAACAAAAGUAUUAAGUACAUCACUACGAAAGUACAACAAACACAUUUUUUUUAUAUAAAAAAAGUGAUAAUACAACAUUCGUAGAUUUUUUAAAUUCUGUUGAGAACUUUUUUAAAAUAAUAGUCAUAGUUACCUUCUAAGCACUUUUUAUACAAUGAUCGAUGCAAAUCAUCUGUCGAUGAUUUCCUUAUCCAUACUCUUCAUCUGUUAUUCAUCUUUAAAGUCUUGAAAUAAUUUAAAAAAGUAUAAUAACAUUUAUGUCAUUGAAUAAAAUUGAUUCACCACUGUAAACAAACAACUGCCUAACCCACAGAUAGGUAGUUUUUUUUAACCAGUAUCAUGUAAAACAUCAUCAUCUGUGGCAAAGCAGUGAGUGUUGCAUAACUUAUCGAUAAACCUGCAACCUAGUACCUAUCAAUCACAAUUGUCAAAGGUCGAUAAAUUAGACAAUCUAAUUUAAUUAAUUCAAAAUCAUAAAAUAUCGACUUUUUCAGAGUUUAUCGAUAAGCUGCAAUGACAAUACUACUGUCGGUUAAUAUCGACAUUGUAUUUACUACAACUGUAUUUUAACGUUAGUUAUAACACGUAUCUUGUGUUUUGAUAACAUUUCAGUCAUUUGUGAGGAAGUAAAAAAUUUUUACCAAACUUU